UCCCAAUUGGUUUAGGAAUUUAAACUCAAAAAAGUAUUUUAUGAUUAACUCCAUUGCUCAUAAAAUCUCUAUCAACAAAGUUUUUUGCUUUUCACUCAAAUUUCUUAACAAGAUUCAAACCAUUUUUUCUAUUUUCCCUUUUUAAUUCUUCUCUCCAGGGUUUAGAAUUAGGAUCAUUGGAAGUAUGAGACUAAGGAAGGGGGAUCAAGUUGAGGUGUUGAACAAGAAGGAGGUUUCGAGUGGUUCAUGGAGUUGUGCUGAAAUUCUUUCUGGGAAUGGUCGUUCAUAUAGCGUUAAAUUUUUAUCUUCGGAUGAAGCAGUGGAGAAGGUACCGAGGAAGGCGAUUAGGCCUUGUCCUCCACCUUUUCAAGGUUCAAAUGAUUGGGAUGCUGGUGAUCUUGCUGAAGCCUUCCAUAAUUCAUCGUGGAAACACGCCAAAAUAAUGAAGAUUGUUGGGGUUAAUAGGUAUAUAGUUAGAAUACUUGGAUCACCAUUAGACAUCAUGGUUGGGAGCUCCAAUCUUAGAAUGCGACAGGCUUGGCAUGAUGGCCGAUGGAUUCUCCUUGGGAAGUCCAUGGAGGAAUCGGGUUCAUUGUCUAGAAAUAGGCAGAUAGAGCCAAACAUGGUGAGAAGCAAGGAUCAACAGCUGGUGGCGCUUCCUGCCGGAUCUCGAAAGAGGUUGUUGCCUAGUGAAUUCAUAAAUCACAAAGUGUCUGUCCAGAAAAGGAAAGUCACUGAAAAUGAUGUUAGGUGUUUGCCGUCAUUAGCGAUAACUACCAAUAUGUACUCAACACAAGAGUUUAACACAAUUAGAUUGAGCUCAAACUUGCCAACUGAAAAUACCGGAGUCUCUACAGGUGAUGCUGGUUUGAGAGAGGGCACCCUUAUUCCAGGAACUUCAACCCACAUUCAGGCAGAUAGUUGUACAUCCUCUGUCGGCAGUAAUAGUUUCACUGAUGAUUUUUUCAAUGUGCCAUUUGUUCCUGUAGCUCGAUGUGUUAAAAAAGUUGAGGAUACAGAUUAUUGUAGUGAUGCUGAGUCAUCUACAGGGAGGGGAGAUGAGGAAGAAGAGCCAUGCUCCUAUGAGGAAGUAUUAGUCAGAUCCCACAGGUCAGAGCUAAGUGUAUUUCGUUCUUUUAUUAGGGCAUUAUAUGCUUCUGGACCUUUAAGUUGGGAAGACGAAGGGCAGGUUUCAAACAUUCGUGCUUCACUUCACAUUUCUAAUGAUGAAUAUCUGAUGGAGCUGAGAAAUCUAAUGUCUGCUAAUAAAAGGGCAACCGUAUGAUUGAUUUGAACAGUAAUUCUUUGUUUCUAAUUUUUACUUCUGUAUCCCUUGAUAUCAUUCUGUGGGGUAUGUUUUAACUGUGCAUUAUUUGUUAGGAAACUUGGAAAGCACCCAAUUGAUUUGUAUAUACUAUUGAGAAAUGAGAAUGCCUGCUUGUUAUUAAUAAUACUUAUUUUCUAGCUCUUUUCUUUUUUUCUUAUUUUGCAAUGUCAAUUUCACUCUUGUUUCACUGGGUCUGUUUGGUAGCACUAGGAUGCUGAAGAGUUCAUAGAUGAAUUAUGUCCUCUUCAUAUGAAGGGUCCUUACAUCUCCUCUUGAUGCUCAGGGUAUACUGUGUACUUAUUGUAUCGUAUACUAUCUAAUCUUAUAAUGUCCUCGGCAGCCUAUGGCGCACUCCAGUUGAGGAAAUACUUGGCUCCUUUUCUGGGUGGAUCAUCAUCGGACGUGACGUCCAAAUUUCUUGCAUAUAUGCUUGCGGCGACUCAUUGGUUGAGUAAUCUCUUGCUUUGUUAUGCUUUCUUGGAAUCUAAUUCAAUUUAUGUUUGAUAGCAUUCAAGAUGCAAGCCGAUAACUGAAAUAAAUUAACUGAAGAAAAAAAAAAAAAAGUCCUCAGUAUUUAAACAUUGUAUCCAUCAUGUUUGUAGAACUUCAGUUAAAUACUGGUUAUAUAGAGACUCUGAUCAACUCUACCCCUCACACCUCCUCGUGGUGCUUCUAUUCGUUUGGAUUAUUCUGAAAACCAUAUAAAGGUAAGAUUUCUGUAAGUUGCACUUUGCCUCUUACUUUUGGUCUCAACCAUUACACUCAUCCAUAUUGUCGUACACUUUGUUUUGUUAUUUUCUUUGGAAUCUGGACAAUGUAGAUUAAACACGGUACACAUGCCUGCAGUUUGGGAAUGAUACUGUUCAUCUUUUAUGGUUGCAACUUAAUAAAACUUAAAACGUUUAUGAAGUGGAAAUUUAUAUUGUGAAUGAAAAAUUGUGGCCAAGAUUUUUUUCAGCGGACAGGGGCAAUGGUUGUGAUGUUCCUUGCUUGUCCUCAUCGAACUGCAAUACUUAGCACUUGUAAGUAUACAAAAAUUUUUUCUUUUUCGCACUUAGAAGCACGUAGAAGUUUAUGUAACAUGCUUUAAGUGAUGAAGAGAAAUUUAUCUGUUUGUUUUAACUGCAAUCUACCAAAUACCUGAUAAUUUUCUUAGUGAACAGAGAUAGCUUUGAUCUUUCAUACUCUUCGAUCAGUCAGUGAAGCAACUGGGUAAGGAGAAGAAUAGCAUUUCAAAGUAGCUAUCUUUAACAAAAUCAUCAUAGCUAUUCGUUGAUGGUGACUGAGAGAAGUUUAUGAUCUUCUAACUCCUAUAAUUGCAUUUGACAUUGUUAGGAAAUAAUAUAAUGCUUUGGUGGAUUUAAAACCUAACGUAUUUGAUGAAAGUAAUUAAUGAUUUAGUUUUUCAACCUAUUAUCAGUGAAUGAAGCGACUGAGCAACUCAAAAUGAAAAAAAUGAGCUUAAAAUUUAAGGGGAAUGCUCAGCUUCUCAUUGUUGCCGGAAAGCUUCAUGCCGGAGUCGGCGGCUGAUGCUGGUAAAGAGAGGAUUUUGCCCUCGUGCUUUUACACAGGCAACGUGCUUCCUUCUCCUCCACUUGCUUAUAAAUUUCUUAGUUAUUGAAAUGAGUAGAUUACAUUCAAUCUACAAACUCCCAUGUAUUUCAUUCACGUUUUCUUAAGUACAGUAGGGAUAGAAGAUGGAAAUUCGAGCCUCAUAACCAUGAGGUCGUUAACACAUAUUAUAUGGCAAGUAAUUUAUUCACCAUUACAAUAUGAUUAUAACAUUUUCAA